GGGCAUUCUCAUUACUAAGAUUAAUCGUGAAUAUUUAUAUGUAUAUUUAGUAGUGCGCGUAGCUGGUAGCGUAUUCUUUAUCGAAUUGAAACACGUUAAACUAAAUGUUGAAAGAUCAGAAAAGUGAUGUGGAAACACAAUUACAUAAUAAAAUAAAUACAGACAACGGUAAGACAACAGAAGAUGGAAACCCUUUGGACCUUGAUGAUGUUUUGACGAAUGAGUUGGGGCAGUUCGGUUGGUUCCAACUGCGCAACAUUCUUCUGGUUGCUAUACCUAUUGUGAUGGCUACUUUCUCGAACGAAUACGUCUUCUCAGCAGCUGAUACACCUCACAGAUGUCGAAUCCCAGAAUGCGGGGAAAUUGGCAAGUCGCAUGAUUACUACCCUGAAUGGAUCAUAAACACAAUACCAAAGACUGAUAAAGGAUUUGCUGGUUGUCAGAGGUAUUCUCCGCUGGAUGUGCAAAGUAACGGAACCUUGAGUUAUUGUCCCGCCACCCUAUUUAAUAACUCAAACACCAUUGCUUGUGAAGGAUUUGUAUACUCCCAUAACAAUACAGUUGUAUAUGAAUUCGAUCUUGCAUGUCAAGAUUGGCUGCGGGCUCUCGCAGGAACUUUAAAUAGUAUAGGUACUCUGCUGGUAUUACCUAUAACUGGCUAUAUUUCGGAUCACUUCGGUCGAAGGUUUGCCCUUGUCAUAAGUGUUCUUAACCUGGGCAUUUUUGGUCUCAUCCGCGCGUUCUCCGUCAACUACACAAUGUACCUGAUACUUCAAAUUUUGCAAACUACUCUUGGGGCUGGAGUUUAUAGUACGGCUUACAUUUUUGCUACAGAGCUAGUUGGCCAAAAGUAUCGCGUCGUCACAAGUGCUACAUCAUCAGCACUAUUCGGUCUCGGUCAGGUAAUUCUUGGCAGCGUAGCCUGGCUGAUACCACCUUGGCGUUCCAUGCUAAUGGCACUAAAUAUUCCUUGCUUGUUGAUAAUAUCUUAUUACUGGUUGCUCUCUGAAAGCUUACGAUGGCUACUUUCGAAACACAAGUUCUCUGAAGCUAAAGAUGUACUGCAGACUGUUGCAAGAUUAAACAAAACAAAUAUCAGUGAUAAAUCCUUGAGCACUCUAUUGAAGUCAUCAGAAAAUUCUGUCACUGCUCCUAAAUUUGAAGGCCCUGGAUUAGUGCGUACUAUAAUAAGAUCACCAGUUUUACUGAGAAGAGUAUGCACCACGCCCAUUUGGUGGAUCACUGCCAUCUUCGUCUACUACGGACUGUCCAUCAACUCUACUGGCCUCUCCGACACCAUACAUUUAAACUAUAUAUUGACAUGUGGUGUAGAAAUACCUGGAUUUUACACAGCAGUUUUGGUCCUGGAUAAAAUUGGUAGAAAAGCAACCAUAUCAUCUUGCUAUUUAAUAUGUGCUAUAUGCAACAUUGCCUUCGUCUUUAUUCCUAGUGAAAUGACCGUUUUUCGACUUAUAAUAUAUUUGUUGGGAAAGUUUAGCGUUUCAACUGCGAUGACAUCUCUAUAUUUGUUUACCUCAGAAUUGUAUCCAACAGAAUUCAGGCAUACGUUACUUGCUUUUUCUUCUAUGGUUGGUCGCAUAGGAUCCAUCACGGCACCCCUUACACCAGUACUUAAGGACUACUGGCACGGGACUCCAUCAUUCAUGUUCGCUGGUAUGGCCCUACUGUCAGCACUAUUGGUAUUUACCCAACCAGAGACGCUAGGUAUGAAGCUGCCAGACACUUUAGCUGAAGCUGAAGCAAUAGGAAAAAUAAAAUCAAAAAAUGAUGAUGCUGUAAAAAUGGAAACAUUAGUUGUGAAGGAAUAGAGUGAAAUGACAUUUUUAGACCAGUCUGACCAGCGCGUUCUACUUGUCCGUAAUUUGAUUUCCGUCCAGUGUGAUAGCAAUGGACCUAACUCAACAAAAACAAAAUGAAGCGCAAUCGUAAAUGUACUUACUUAAUUAAAGCAUCGCUUUAACAUCGAUAAUAAAAAAUUACACAAAUGUUUAAUAAUAAAGUUGGUACAGACCUUGAAAGACUAAAUAUUUAGAAAUGACGCGUUUUAAAAUGACAAUAUUUUAAUAUAUUAUAUUAGGCUCCUAUGACUAGGACAGAAUGUCCUGGGCUCAAAUACUUCGGGUCAAGAUAAAAUUGUUUUAUUUUUACACUGCAACCAAACUAUGACGUUAACGUUUCGACAUCUUUUGAAAAGAAGAUUAAAAAUACCGUCAGGUUCACUCAAUCUUUCUCGAACGAUUAUUGAUUAUUGAUUAAUAGCAUGUUAACAAUGCCAUUAUGUGAUUAAUGUAACGUGGUCACGACCCUCAGCAAUGAGGAUUACGAGGGAGAGAGAAUUUAACAAGUUAAAAGGAACUAAUAAAGCAAUCAGCGUUGCUUUUGUUUAAAUCUCUGUCUAUUUUAUCUUUAUCAUAAUUUUAUUAUGAUUAUUUGCAAAUCAUAAGCAACUGUAGCAAGCCGAAAACCAACGUCACAUUUUAUUACAAUUUUACUACUGAUAAUAAAUACCUACUCCUAGUAAGUAGGUGUAAAGUUUCGAGUCGCCUUACUUUUGAAGGAAAUUUUGAGUAUUUAAAAAAAUUAGGAAGUGUAUGCGUUGAUGUUAGCGGAAUCCUAUCACUUUUAGUUUUCUUGCCGUAGCUAAGUCUUGGCGGUAACGUUGUGGUGCUGGUUGCAAAGUAUUACCGGGCAAAAAUGGCAUAAUUAAGUUUCAUCAUUGGAAUAAAUCAUUACUGGAACAAAAUUUGAGCAUCCCGAUCC